AUGGCUCCUUAUGAGGCAUUGUAUGGGCGGAAAUGUCGAAGUCCUCUGUGUUGGAGCGACAAGAGCGAUGUUGUUAUACUUGGACCUCAGUACCUACAAGAGACUACUGAGGCAAUCAAGGUAAUUCGAGAGAGGAUAAAAGUUGCACAGGAUCGUAAAAAGUCGUAUGCCGAUUUCAAGCGACAAUUCACCGAAUAUCAAGUUGGGGAGAAGGGUUAUGUUGAUCAGUAUCUGCUGAUAUGCUAUGGGCUGAAAGAGACUUCUGGCAUAACAUUCUUCCUAGAAUUGAUUGUUAAUUUUCUCAAAGAAGCUGCUGCUGACAUAGAUGAUAUGACUGCCACUGUUGAAUAUCCGAUUCUGGACUAUCAUAAGAUGCAUGAGCUUGCCAUCAAGUUCAAGGGAAGUUCUUCAUGCAUUGGGGCUUGUAGGAUAAGUGCUGCUUGCACUCAGUUACUCCAGGAAAUUAGAAAAAGAUCUGAGAUAGACUGCAAACUGGCAGUGGAGAUGAUCAUCACAGAAAAAUCCACAUUUGAAAUCAAGCUGGAGACUAUCAUGCAGCUGGAGCGUGAGAUCGUUGACAGACAGUUACAGUGA